CCCUGGCCCCAGCUGGGCUGUUUGUUCUCUGCUGGGCACCGAGCCGGCCGAGAAAAGCAGCAUUUUCCUCCCCGUUUCGAAUUUCUCCGCUCUGCCGGACUUUUUGUCUCGCCUGGGAAGCAGCAGAGCCACGGGAAGGGGGACGAGGGAGCAGGGGCCAAGGGGACGGAAGAGGAGGAGGAGGAGGAGGAGGAGGAGGUGGAGAGCAUCGGAGGAAGGCAGGGGCCCCACGACAUCCCGGCAGAGAAAACCAGCCCGGAGUGAGCCUUGCUGGUGGACAUGUCCUACAUGAGCUGUGCCUGGCGGGCAGCUGCCCCCCGCCUCCUGCCGCCCCCCUGGAGGAGCCCCCGGCCCUUCAGCAGCGCCUCGGCACCCACGGCCAAGAAGAGCGUCCCGUACCAGAAAACGCUGCAGGAGGAGGGUCCCGGGGGCAGCGAACCCACCCGGCCCCCGCCCGCCUCGGCGCAAGUGGUGGUGGUCGGCGGGGGCAGCCUGGGCUGCCAGACCACCUAUCACCUGGCCAAACUGGGGGUCAGYGAUGUGGUGCUGCUGGAGAGGGACCGCCUGACCUCGGGCACCACCUGGCACACGGCCGGUCUCCUGUGGCAGCUGCGUCCCAGCGAUGUGGAAGUGGAGCUGCUGGCGCACACGCGGGAUGUGGUCAGCCGGGAUCUGCCGGCCGAGACSGGGCUGCACACGGGCUGGGUGGAGAACGGGGGGCUCUUCAUCGCCUCCAACAAGCAGCGGCUGGAUGAGUACAAAAGGCUCAUGUCGCUGGGGAAGGUGUACGGUGUGGAGUCCCACGUGCUGACCCCGGCACAGACCAAGGACCUGUACCCUCUGAUGAACAUUGACGACCUCUAUGGCACCCUGUACGUCCCCAAGGAUGGCACCAUGGAUCCCGCUGGCACCUGCUCAACUCUUGCCAGAGCAGCCACUGCCAGAGGCGCCACGAUCAUCGAGAACUGCCCGGUCACGGGCAUCCAGGUGAGAACAGACGAUUUGGGGGUGAAGAGGGUGCACGCGGUGGAGACAGCCCACGGGACCAUCCAGACUCCCUGCGUGGUGAACUGUGCAGGAGUGUGGGCACGGGCCCUGGGCCGGCUGGCCGGAGUGCACGUGCCGCUGGUGGGGAUGCACCACGCCUACGUGGUGACCGAGCGCAUCGAGGGCAUCCAGAACAUGCCAAACGUUCGCGAUCACGACGCCUCGGUCUAUCUGCGUCUCCAAGGCGAUGCCCUUUCCGUGGGCGGCUAUGAGUCAAACCCCAUCUUCUGGGAGGAGGUAUCUGAAAAAUUUGCUUUUGGCCUCUUUGACCUGGACUGGGAUGUUUUCAUGCAACACAUUGAAGGUGCUGUCAACAGGGUGCCAGUUCUGGAGAAAACAGGGAUUAAAUCCACUGUCUGUGGGCCAGAGUCCUUCACAGCUGACCACAAACCCCUCAUGGGAGAGGCUCCGGAGGUCCGAGGGUUCUUUCUUGGCUGUGGCUUCAACAGCGCUGGGAUGAUGCUGGGAGGYGGCUGCGGGCGGGAACUGGCUCACUGGAUCAUCCACGGCCGGCCCGAGAAGGACAUGUACGGCUACGACAUCAGGAGGUUUCACCACUCCCUCACCGAUAACAACCGCUGGAUCCGCGAGCGCAGCCACGAGUCCUACGCCAAGAACUAUUCCGUGGUGUUCCCCCAUGAUGAGCCCCUGGCAGGGCGGAACGUGAGGAAGGACCCCCUGCACGAGGAGCUGCUGCRACAGGGCUGUGUUUUCCAGGAACGCCAUGGCUGGGAGAGACCUGGCUGGUUCAGCCCUGGGGGAGCAGCCCCGGUCCUGGAUUACGAUUACUACGGUGCCUACGGCCGGGAGCGCCACCAGGACUACACCUACAACCGCCUGCUGGGGGACGAGUACACCUUCGACUUCCCUCCUCACCACGACAUCAUCAGGAAUGAAUGUUUAACGUGCAGGAACACCCUGGCUCUCUUCGACAUGUCUUAUUUUGGGAAAUUCUACCUGGUUGGACCCGAGGCUACGAAAGCAGCCAACUGGCUGUUCAGUGCUGAUGUGAACAAAGCUCCAGGCUCCACGGUGUACACCUGCAUGCUGAACAAGCAGGGAGGUGUGGAGAGCGACCUGACGGUCAGCAGGAUCAGCCCCGGGGCCCCGGGCUCGCCGCUGGCCCCCGCGUUUGAAGGGGAUGGCUACUACCUGGCUAUCGGCGGGGCUGUGGCCCAGCACAACUGGUCCCACAUCACCACCGUGCUGCAGGACAUGAAAUUCCAGUGCCAGCUCCUUGACUGCUCUGAGGAGCUGGGCAUGAUGAGCAUCCAGGGCCCUCUGAGCCGUGUUGUCCUCCAAGAAGUGCUCGACACCGACCUCAGCAACGAGGCCUUUCCCUUCUCCACACACCAAAUCACCACGGCUGCAGGAUGCMAGGUCCGUGCCAUGAGGCUGUCGUUCGUGGGYGAGAUGGGCUGGGAGCUGCACGUGCCCAGAGCCGACUGUGUGAAGGUUUACCGGGCAGUGAUGCAGGCGGGAGCCCGGCACGGCAUCGCCAACGCCGGCUACAGAGCCAUCGACAGCCUCAGCAUCGAGAAAGGGUACAGGCACUGGCACGCCGACCUGCGCCCUGAUGACACCCCGCUGGAGGCAGGCUUGGCUUUCACCUGCAAGCUCAAGUCCAGCAUCCCCUUCCUGGGCCGGGAGGCUGUGGAGGCUCAGAAAGCCAAGGGCAUCUUCCGCCGCCUCGUCUGCUUCACCACAGACGAGUGAGUACCCAAACUCCGGGUUUUGUGUGGAGAGCAGAUCUGUGGGGUGGGUGGGAGCUUGCCCAGGGCUGGGGCUGGGAUGCUGGCACCCUACAGAGGUUUUUCCACGGCUUUACAGGUUUCCCUGGAUUUUGUGAAGAGUGGCAGCUACGAGCUGGAACGGAUGGGAGUGACCUUCCCUGCCCAGGCUCACACCAAGUCCCCGUUCGACCCCGACAACAAACGCGUGAAGGGUUUUUACUGAGCGGCUGCUGCGRACUCCGAGAACCAAGAGGAGCUGCYGGCUGAAUUYCCGACCCCUGGAUGCCCCAACUGRCUSCAGGGUCAGCUGGAAGAGCCCAGCAACCGCCUGGAACUUGUCAAGUAAAUUUGGAUGGAAUUAGAGGGCAGAGGAGGAAGAGAUUCCAAAAAGUCCAAAGGUUCUGGCGSUCUGUUUUCCAAGUGAAGCGGUGCCGCUGCAGCAAUAAUUGUUUUCCCUGGGUUAAUUGGCCUGCAAACAGUGUUUGCUCUCACUGUUUAUGGAGUGGUUUCAAUUUUUGACUUCGCUGGAAACUCUUGCCCCCCAAAUGCAGUUUCAGGCUGCCUGGAAAUGAUUUUUUUUUUUUUAAAUAACUCUGCUCUCAAUACAGAUAGGAGGUUUGGAGCCUCCA